UUACACAUAACUUUCAUAACAAACAACAUGCGCCCCCGCCGUAUAGUACACAUCGCGAGAGCAAACUAACUGCUUCGGCUGGGCAAACGUUGGAGUUUGUUCUCGCUCUUAAAUCAAGCUUAGGCCUAAAGAAGUAAAGAAAUGUCUGCUGAGGUGGCUACAGGUAGCAAUGCCUCUUCUGAGGGUUAUACCAUUGUCAAAGAGGGUACUUCUGAAAUAAUAUUUCCAAAUUCAAAUGAGGUGUUUUACAACCCAGUGCAGGAAUUCAACCGGGAUAUAAGUUCUGCAGUGAUAAGCCUAUUUGCGAAACAGGUUCUGAAGAAGAAGGGAAUUGAAGUUUGUUUGACACGGAAGGAACAGAACAGGAAUACAACAUCGAAUUUGGAGGGAGAGGAACUGAGUCAAGUUUAUCCAGGAGAAAAAUGUGAGGAGGGCAUCACUAUUCUUGAAGGCCUUUCUGCUAGUGGUCUUCGAUCAAUCCGAUAUGCUAAAGAGAUUGCCGGAGUCAAGAGAAUCGUCGCCAAUGAUUUUUCAAGGGCAGCUGUAGAGAGUAUCGAAAGGAACAUAAAACAUAACAAAAUUGGAGAUAUAGUUGAGGCAAGCCUGUCAGAUGCAGCGCUGCUUAUGUAUAGUUGUCGUUCAAAGCCCGAAUACGAUGUAGUGGAUCUUGAUCCAUACGGCAGUCCAGCUAUGUUCCUGGAUGCUGGGGUGCAAGCUGUGAAAGAUGGUGGUCUCCUGUGCGUGACUUGUACGGAUCUUGCAGUGUUGUCUGGUAAUCAUGGCGAGACAUGCUUCUCAAAGUAUGGCGCGAUGUCUCUGCAUGCAAAAUUUGGACCGGAGAUGGCUUUGCGUAUUGUGUUACAAGCCAUUGAAACCAGUGCUAAUCGUUAUCACCGUCAUAUUGUCCCACUGCUUAGCGUACAAGUAGACUUCUACUUACGAGUAUUCUUGCGUGUAUAUACUAGUCAAGCCACCGCCAAACGCUCAGCAAGUAAGAGAGCACUUGUGUACCACUGCACUGGAUGUGACAGUUUUCAUCUGCAAGGCCUUGGAAAGGCUAUAUCAAGAGAAAAAAAGGAACCUCGCUUUACCCCAGCCACAGGGCCACCAUGUGGUCAAACAUGCGCAGAUUGCGGUAGCAACUUUCAGGUUGGUGGUCCUAUGUGGAGGGAUCCCAUUCAUGAUGUGGACUUCGUCCAGGAACUACUAGGCACCUUGGAGAUGGUGCCAACUGAGAAGUACAAGAGAUUUAAAAAGAUGAAAGGAACAUUGACUGUAAUUACAGAGGAACUACAAGACUGCCCUCUAUAUUACACACUGAGUCGGUUAUGCAACAUCAUUCACUGCACAUGUCCAUCAAAUGUGAAGUUUCGCUCAGCUCUCUUAAGUGCUGGUCACCGUGUGUCAAUAACUCAUACAUCUGCCGAAGCUAUAAAAACCGAUGCUCCAAGUUCCGUCAUCUGGGAUAUUAUGAGGUCAUGGGAAAAACUGAAUCCAGUAAAACGUACUAGGUUGUCAGAGGAUAGUGUUGCAUACAAAUUACUGCAGAAAGAACCAGUUAUUGCAGCAUCGUUUGAGCCUAGACAAGAUGCAAACCCUAGAUCACGUCAACAAAAGAUGAGCCGCUUCCCACUCAAUCCGGAACCAAAUUGGGGACCAAAAUCAAGAGCAAAGAAACGGAAGCAAAAGGAUGAGCCUAGACAGGAAAGUCAGUCAGAUAAUACUGAUGAAGAACAAGAUAAAAAACGCAUAAAGCAAGAUGAAAUUAUUGAAAGCCCAAAGGAAGCGAAAGCUGAAGAAGACAUAAAUGGAGGAACGUGAUGCAAGCAGGCUCAAUGGAAGGGGAAGCUAAAAAAAAAAAAAAUAUAUGAACUGGGGAACAUAAUGUAAACAUACCCAGUGGAAGGAGAUGGACAAACAAUAUAAAAAGGGGGGAACAUGAUGCAAGGAAGCCCAAAGAAAGGGGGAGCUGAAGAAAACCUGAAGGGGGGAAAGGAUGCAAACAAGUUUUAUGAAUGCAGAUUCAACUGAUACCAAUUUUACCUCAGCAUGUUUUUAAAACGCCUCAGGAAUUAGUGGUUUUCUGUUACUUAAUCCUUAAACAGCAAAGCAAUAAACAAUAUAACACAUAAUCAAUGUAAAAGCUUAUGUGCGCUUCACAUUUAUAAUAUUAACUUAAAUUAUUGAAAAGAGUCAGUUAACCUAUUGCUUCACUAAAAGGCAAUCCAUUUUUACAAACCAGAAUAGGCCUAAUAAAAAAUGUUGAGUUUUAACUUAAAUUUUAAUAAGUCCGAAUUUUUAUCUCACUGGGCAAUCAAAGCUAGAUUAAAAUAAAUAGGGCCUACGUGAGUAAUUUAUGUCCUUCCCGCAAAUGCGAUCUUUUGGAGUAAGAAAGUUAAGUGCAGGCUAUGCUUUGCAGUACAAAAGUUAAAAUGCAGGCUUAUUUUUGCCACAUUUGGAAAACAAUAGUGGAGUGAAAUUUAAUAGAGCAUUUUAGAAGGUCAUACAAGUUACAAGAGCAUGUCUAAAAUGACUUUAUUAAACAAGUACAGGCCCAUAUCCGUGGGGUGGGGGGGGUUUAUGGUUCAUGAGACCCCCCUUUUCUAGCAAAUCUUUUUUUCCCCUCCCCUCUUUUCUGGGGACCCCCCUCUUCAAAUUUCCCAAAUAAGUCCUCCAACCCAACUAGUGCACUGCAAACCCACCCAGACAAAGACCUUUUCAAACAUAAUACUCCUCUUCAUAAUUUCACCAUUUCAACUGCUUUUAACGCUGGGAUCGUACUUGUUCCCCAGCACCACGGCAGGUUAAAACUUGUGAUGGAUGAUUGUUUAGGCAAUAGGCUAGCUUGUUCAGUAAAUGAAAAAUAAAACUUACCGUCAGAAUUUAUUACAAGAAA